AUGCACAAAGCCUUCGAAGAGCUCUCGCGGACGUUGGCUGCACAGGAUCUUCAGGAGAGCGAAGACUUGGCGCGGAGCCUUCGGUUGGAAGCCCAGCAGCAACAGCAAGAGACGAGCCUCUGGAGAGACUCCCAGGCGCUGGAGGAUGAGGUGAGAUGGGUCCAUUCGGAGCUUCAAGCAGGCCAGGCCGAGCACUGCGCGCUGAUGGUGGAGAUGGGCGGUGCUCGCAGCUCGCGGUUCGAUGGGGUCGAGAGCGAGGAGCGCUUUCCGCUGGCAGAGGUCGAGUUCGUGAGCAGCAGCUUGCGGCUCGAGUCGGAGGACUUGCUUCUCGCGGAGCGGGAGAACAUCAACCAGGUUCAUGGCUUAGAGGAGCAGGAGGCGUGCUUGGCAGCAGACAUCAAGCGGACGGAGGACAGCACGGCGGCGUAUCGUAGACAAGCCGCGCUACUUCUGCGGUCACAGCAGACGCAGCGAGGCAAGAUCGCAUUGCUCCGCGAGGAGAUUUCCGAAGUGAGAUUCUAG